CACCGACACAACACCAGACGCCAGACAGCCUCCCAUCUCACACUGGAGCCCACGCUCUUUUUUUUUUUGACCCAACCCAACCCACGUAUCCGCCUUCUUAUUUUUCUUUUCUUCCGCGGUUGCUGCUAUAAGCUGGCAGGUGGCCCUUCGCCGCCUUUAUCAGCACGCUCCGCAAUUGAGCGGUAUCCGCAGCGCGCCAUCUGCCCUGCUGCAUCGUGCCGAGCACAUCGAUCUGAGAAUCUCAGCCUCGGCCCUUGGUGCACCUUCCGCACGUCCGCAUGCGAGGCUGACUGCGAAGCACUGAGCGACACGGCGCACACGGACUUUGAGCCAGAAAACACCUUCAGCUACCCCCUCACUUCGAGGCAGUUCAAUCUCUGUUCUCCGGAGACCCUCUGAGGACAUUAUUACACGUGCUUCACUGGACAUAAGCGGAAGACUUGCUGGUCUGACCCUCAAGCGCCGCACAAGGCCUGUGGCCUCUGGAUGAUACGGCCAAGGAUCGUGAGCCACCUUACGUCUCGCCUCUUCAGGCUCUAGCCCUCGCCGGCUGCCGGCUGGCUGCUGGGCCCGGGCGUCGUGAUGGAGGAUGGCGACCACGACGUGGUCAUGGAGGGCGUCAGUGUGGCGCCCUCGGCGUCUGGAUCGUUAGCUAACGGCUUCAUUGACCCGCGCGACUUGGUCGCGCCUUCCCGCGAGGACUCUAAUGACGCCCAGAGCCCCUUCGAAGGCCUGGGGGAUAAUGAGUCGGACGAGGAUGACCGCGUGUUCGACCCCCAGGAGUAUCCCGAGUACAUGCGCAGACGCGGCCAGUUGCCUACCGGCUGCUGCUAUGACGACCGCAUGAAGCUGCAUUCUAAUGCUGACUUUGGAUCUUCGCCGCAUCAUCCCGAGGACCCUUCUCGCAUCGAGGAAAUCUUCAAAACUCUCAAGCGCGCCAACCUGAUCUUUAGGGGCUCUGAUGCUGAGUUGGUUGAGGUUCUGCAAACCAACCCCAACGCUUAUCUCUGGCGUAUUCCUGCCCGGGAGGCGUCGCGAGAAGAGAUAUGUCUGGCGCACGACCCCAAGCACUACGCUUGGGUACAGUCACUCGCCGAUACCCCGACCCAGGAGCUGCGUGAACUUUCGAGACGGUUAGACCAAGGCCGCGCCUCGCUCUAUGUCGGUAGUAUGACCUACGAAGCAUCUCUAAUCUCAGCCGGUGGUGCCAUCGAAACGUGCAAGGCAGUCGUGUCGGGAGAGGUCAAGAACGCAUUUGCUGUCAUCCGCCCGCCCGGCCAUCACGCCGAAUGGGACGCGCCCAUGGGCUUUUGUCUAUUCAACAACGUUCCCGUUGCGGCCAAGGUGUGCCAAAAGGAGUUUCCGGACAUCUGCCGGAAGAUCCUCAUCGUGGACUGGGAUGUCCACCACGGCAACGGAAUCCAGAAUAUCUUUUACGACGACCCCAACGUUCUGUACAUCUCCACCCACGUUUAUGACGGAGGCGAAUUCUACCCUGGCCGGCCGGAGAACCCCAGCAUUCCCGACGGCGGCAUCGAUAAGUGCGGCGACAGGGCUGGGCUUGGCCGGAACGUCAACAUCGGAUGGGAUAAGCAAGGUAUGGGCGACGGUGAGUACAUGGCGGCCUUCCAGAAGAUCAUAAUGCCUAUUGGUCGCGAAUUCGAUCCGGACCUGGUCAUCAUCUCGUCCGGUUUCGACGCGGCCGCAGGCGAUCAGCUCGGAGGCUGCUUCGUAUCGCCCGAAUGCUACGCCCACAUGACGCACAUGCUCAUGUCGCUCGCUGGCGGGAAGGUGGCCGUUUGCCUCGAGGGCGGCUACAACCUCCACGCCAUCUCGCAAUCCGCACUCUCCGUCGUCAGGACGCUGAUGGGCGAGCCACCCCCGAGGAUGCCGGGUGGCUUGCCGCCGAUCAACCGAGAGGCCGCCCGCCUCCUAUCCCAGGUCCAGGCGUGUCAGGCGCCGUACUGGGACUGCAUGAGGCCGGGAAUCGUCGACGUCCCGGACGCGCUGGCGCUCGGUGCCGAGCGCCUUCACGACAUGGUCAGGGAAGCGCAGCGGCAGAAGCUCGCCACAGAAUUCGGGAUGCUCCCGCUGUACAUCCAGCGCGACCGCUCCUGCAAGUCGUUUGAAAAUCAGGUCUUGGUGACUCCGGAUAUUAACGAUGCCCGCAAGAUUAUAGUCAUCAUUCACGAUCCUCCCGAGCUUCUUGCGCAGCCAGAUCCCCUUGACAACACUUUGAGCUCGCAUAACGCUUGGGUUCAUGAUGGCGUCUAUGGGUACAUCAAGUGGGCCAUCCAGGAGAAGUUCGGUGUCGUAGACAUCAACGUCCCGCAAUACAUCACGCUUCCCGAGGACACGGAUUCUUUUACUCAGCGGACCCCCGAGCAGCAGCUGCAGCUGCAGAUUCAGGAGAUCAUCGGAUACGUCUGGGAUAAUUAUCUCCAAUUGUACGACAACGUCCAGGACAUCAUCCUGCUCGGCGUUGGAGCGGCAUACCUCGGUAUCAAGACGCUCCUGAUCAACCGAGACUGUAAAUCUCGCAUCACUGGUGUCCUCAGCUUCGUUACGGGCAGCCUGCGGCCUGUUAAGAGUGACACCGACCCGGACCUCUCGACAUGGUACAAAAACAACUCUCGCAUUUACGUGGGCAGCGCGCAUGCCUGUUGGCAAAGUGAGGACCUUGCGAGCAAGGUCAAGAAGCGCCGGUUCGGGUCCGUGCUGCGCAGCCCGCACGAUGGCCUGAACCGCAUGAUGAAGCACCACGCCGAGGAGGCGCGGGACUGGAUCCAGGCUCGCGUCGCCCCGUCCCCUAGCCUUGACGGGGACACCACCGAAGACGAGGACGGCGCUCUGGCUUAGGUGGCCAACUCCGCGCGGAACAGCGUCGACAAGGGCAAAUGCCAACGGCUGUCUGUGAGUUCGUCGUCAGAGGCUAACAGCCCGACCUCUACUUUGGCACCUUAGAUCCCGCUACAAGGGAACCAAUGGGGCGCUCCGAGAGAAAGCGUCGACCGCGGAAGUGGUUUUCAUUCAGCACAGUGGGGCCGGCCGUCGUCGCCGAUGUCCCCAUUGAAUCACCCCAAAAACUACGUUUCCUGCCUUUUUUUUCUUCUCUUUGUUUCCGCGUCAAAUCCCACGGCCGAGCAUUUCAGCCAGGUGUUACAUAGGCAUCAGAUCUCUGAAUGAAACCUCAGGAACCCGAAACCCGUUCUGGCGCCAUGGUCAAGGCCAGUCCAGAUUUGUGCCAAGCUAAC